AUGGAUUAAUAAAAGAUGAACCUAAUUAAGAUUCCUUUUUUGGACGAUUUAACGAAUAAAGAUUUCAAAACAUAAAAUAAAGGAGCAUUAACAAUAAUAGGAGUAAUUGAUGCUUCAGGAUCUAUGUCUAAUUGUUGGUAAUGGUUGGCAAACUUUUGGAAUAAGAGUAUUCCAAAAGAUAAUUUGAUUGCUAUAACAUUCUCAAAUCAUCCAACUGUAUUAAAAGAUAAUAAAGAUCUUUCAACUGAUAUUAGUGUGCAUGGUGGAGGAGGAACUGAAAUAGUACCAGCUUUUGUUGAGUUUGAAAAACAAUUAUAAAAUGUUCCUGUUGAAAAUAAUGUUACUGUAAUAUUCAUUAGUGAUGGAUAAGAUAAUUCAGUAAGAUCAUUAGAUACUAGAAUGAAAUAGUCCCUUAAAGGUAAUUUAUAAAAUCAUAGAAUAAAUUUCAUAUGUUUAGGAGUUGAAAAAGGAUUCCCAACUAAUUUAUCAAUGAAUUUAAGAGAAUUAUAUCACAAAGGAGAUCCUUAAAUACCUGCUAUCUAUUUAAUUGAAUAUUCAAGUGAAUAAGCUUUCUUUAACAAAUUUGAAACUAUGAAACAAUAUUUCUAUCCUGCUAGAGUUUUGAAGCUUAAUCAAUUUGUUAAUUUAUAUCCAUAUGAUGAAUAAAUUACAAAAGAAGUAUUUGAAGGGUAAUGGUGCGUAUUUUAUAAGGAUGAUCUUAGAAUAAUUAAUGAUGGAUUAAAUAUUAAAUUAGAAUGCAUUUAAGAAGAAUCAAUAGAUAUUGAAGAUGUUAUCGAUAUUUUCAGAUCUUGGGUUUAAAAUUUAUAACUUAAAAUCCUUUAAUAAAAAUUAUAAUUACCUGAUUAAUGUGAAUCAUGUUUAUCAAUUAUGAAGAGAAUUGUUGGACAUAUAAAUACUAAGUUAGGAUUUGACAUUUUAAAUCUUUCUUUAAAUUAUAUUCCAAAUUAGAAUAAACCUUUUCAUUAAAAAGUUAAAGAAAGUUUUGUUUAUAAGUAUUGUUCAAAAAUAUUAUAUUUUGUUAAUGAAAUUGAAAGUCUAAUUAAAGGAGUUAACCCUAAAUAAUUGAAUGAAUUUGAAUAAGCCAAGAGAUUAAUGAUUGGUACAAUUACAGGUAAACACUUAUAAAAAGCUCUUGCUUUAAAAGGAAUUACAAUUUAAGAAUUUUAAACUAUAAAACAAGAAUUUGUUAAUAUUAUUAAGAAUUCAUAAUUUAAUUAACAAAAUGAAUAAGGUUAAGAAAGGUCUGUUAUAACACUUGAAAAUUAAAGAGAUAUUUUAAAAGAUCCAAUAUAAAUGGAAGAAUCUAUGAAAUAUAUAAAAUCUCAAUAUGAUUUUGUAGAAACUUUUCCUCUUAUAGGGCAUGGCAUAAAAGUUAAAAGAUUUGAAGGAUGUUAAGUAAAUCCUUGGUUAGUGCAUGUAUUAAAUUUUGCUAAACAAAAUAAAAUUAUCGAUUCUAGUUUUUUAAUUAAGAAUAAUUUCUAAGUCUAAUUAAAUGUUGGAGAUCAAUAAUAAGAAGAAAUUAAUUGUAUUCUUCCUUUAUAUAAUCCAACAGAUUAAGAUUUAUAACCAAUUUUAAGAUCAAGAAUAAUUAAGUUACUCAUGACUUUUAUGGUGUAAUAGAAUGUAGAUACUCUUUAUGAAGAAUCAUAUUUAGCAUUAUUGGCUAAUGCUCUAUCAUAUAUUUUAUAAUAACCAGAUAGUUAAUGGAAAUUUGAAAUUUUAGAGUUAAUUUAUAGCACUACUAAAAUAGUUUAUGCUGGAACUUAACAAUUUGAAGAUUAUUUAAAUAAAAUUAUAAAUAAUACACCUUAAGCCUUAUUGGAAAAAGAUUAAGCUUAUGAAGAUUUCAUUUCACUUCCUAAAGUCUUAAUAUAUUUAUUUUAUGCAUUCAGAAGUGGAUUAAUAGAAGACUUUGAGAAAUAUAUUAAUUUUCUAAUUCUCUAUAAUUUUAAGAUUAUUUAUUAAAGUAAUCCUGCAAUUAAAAAUAAAUGUAUAAAAUACUAGUUAGAAGUGGAAGCCGAACUUUAAUUAAAAGAAUAUUUCAUAGAAAAAUUUAGUGAGUGUCUUUAUCUAAAAAGUUUUAGAACUUACUUUGAUUAAAAUAUUUCAAAAGUCUUAAACGAAUAAUUUGCAUAAUAAAAAUACGUUGUUUAAAUUAAUAAUGAUAUACUUUAUAAUUCUGAUUUAAAAUUUAACUUCAAAAUAGUUGAAGGUCUUUAUUAAUUAGUAUUAAAAAAAUAAUUUGAUAAAAAUUAAUACAUAUUUUAUCUAAAUCAUGUAUUUAAUACUGAUUACCAAGAGUUAUUUACUAAACCAAUAGAUUUUAAGAGUUAUUAAUAGAUGAAUAUAAUAACUGCCAGUAAUAACAAGUUGAUUGAACAAUUUGCCUAUUUGAGAGAUCAAUUGUAAGAUGAAUAUUUAAAGAAAUUUUAAGAGGCUCAUAUUAUUAUUGCUCCACUUACAAAUUAAGAAUUAAUUGAAGAAUGUAAGAAAAACGGAAUAGAUUCUUAGAAGAUAUUUUUAACUUAAUCAGGUCUGGGUUUAAAUUGCUGUUUCUCUAAAUAAUGUCCAUUCUAUUUGAAGGUUUUAAGCCAAGAAGAUUUUAAAAAGCAUUUAGAUAAUUGGUAAGGUUUUUAUCCGAGAAGAUUUCAUGAAUUUGUUAAAUAAUAGGUUUAAAAUGGUAAAACAAAUGAUUAAAUCUUUGAAAAUGCAAAAACUAGAUAUAAUGGAUAUCCUGAAAAAUAUGGUGGAACAAAGGAUUAAUCAUAUUAAUAUUUUAAGAUUAUUAGAGAGUUUUGUGAAAAAUUAAAAUAAUGA